AUGUUCGAGCCAUCUCCAGACUGGUGUAUGAGAAUUACGUCCGUGAAUCUCUGCCUUCCCGACCUUUUCUGGCUAGCCGAAGAAUUUCAGUCACCGACCUCAUCACUCGACCCGCGUGUUCCGUCAUUAAAUUUCUUUAGUUGCGAAACUCUAUUCAUAGGUGAUCCUAUGAGAUACUUGCCCAACGAUGAAUAUCAGCGCGAGGCGUUCAACAUCACCAACACUAGCGAAGACGAGGAGUACAAGGAGAGGAGGUGA